AUGGCGAAAUAUUGUAGAACUCCACACCCCAAGCAACAACAGCAACAACCUCAGCAACAGCAACAGAGGCAACAACCCCAGAAGAAUCGAGGUAAUCAAAGGGGAUGCUAUCAGUGCGGCAGUGAAGGGCAUUUCAAGAAGGAUUGCCCACAAUUGAAUCAGAAUGCCAACAAUAACAAUGGGGGUAAUCGCCAGAACAACAACGCGGGAAACAACAACAAUGGGAACAACGGUGGGAAUGGCGCUCGCGGGAGAGCAUUUACGAUUGGAGCAGGUGAUGCAAGGAACGAUGGCAAUGUUGUGACUGGUACGUUCUCUAUCAACGUGGAAUUUGCUGAUGGCAAGUCGAUAGAAGCCACACAUGUACUCUUAGGGUGUAAACUCGAUCUUCUGGGUCAAGUGUUCGACAUUGACCUUCUCCCCAUCACUGUUGGUAGCUUUGAUAUAGUUGUCGGUAUGGAUUGGUUGUUUAGACACCGAGCCGAAAUACUUUGCAAGGAGAAAAUCGUGCGUGUACCUCUCCCUAGUGGGGAAUCGUUGUCUGUCCAUGGUCAUCGAAGUGGUUCAAUCCACGAAGAGAACCGAAUAGAGGAUCUACCUGUUGUUCGUGAGUUUCCUGAUGUUUUUCCCGAGGAACUUCCAGGUCUACCUCCACACCGUCAGGUAGAAUUCCAAAUUGAUCUUACACUAGGAGCAGCUCCGAUUGCUCGUGCACCUUAUCGUCUUGCACCUGGAGAGUUGCAAGAAUUGUCUAAUUAA